AUGCGCCUGCAGCUCAACAAGCCAGAUGAUGCUGCAGGGUCGGCUGCGCCAGCCAUCAUCAUCGGCCUGUUUGUCGCCUUUGGGGGUGUUCUUUUUGGAUAUGACACAGGAACUAUCAGCGGCAUCCUUGCUAUGAAGUACUGGCGCAAUCUCUUUUCUACCGGAUAUGUCAACCCCGUCGAUCACCAGCCCGAUGUCACUUCGGAUCAGUCGUCCAUGAUUGUGUCGUUAUUGUCUGCUGGGACAUUCUUCGGAGCAUUAGCUUCAUCGUCGGCGGCGGACUACUUUGGUCGACGUAUUGCCAUGAUUAUUUAUUCCGUCGUCUUUUGUUUUGGGGUUGUAUUGCAGGUAGUAGCAACGGCAAUUCCGCUGUUUGUUGCAGGCCGUUUUUUCGCGGGGUUUGGAGUGGGUUUGCUAUCAGCUACGAUUCCGUUGUACCAAUCCGAGACAGCCCCAAAGUGGAUUCGCGGAACAAUCGUGGGAUCAUAUCAGCUUGCAAUCACAAUCGGCCUGCUUCUCGCCGCUAUUGUUAAUAAUGCAACCAAGAACCGCGACGACACCGGCUCGUACCGUAUCCCAGUCGCUGUUCAGUUUGCCUGGGCGCUGAUUCUGAUCGUCGGAAUGCUGGUUCUGCCAGAAACACCUCGAUUCCUCAUCAAGAAGAACCGCAUGGAAGAAGCAACCAAGGCGUUGGCUCGCCUGCGCAGACUUCCCGUUGAUGAUCCGGCUUUGACAGCAGAGCUGGUCGAAAUCCGGGCCAAUCAUGAGUACGAGUUAUCCAUGGGCAAAGCUUCGUAUCUCGAGAUCGUACGUGGCUCUUUGGGGAAACGUCUCGCCACUGGCUGUGCACUUCAAGCUCUACAGCAGCUUUCGGGGGUCAAUUUUAUUUUCUACUACGGAACGUCUUUCUUCCAGAACUCGGGCAUCCAGAAUUCGUUCGUGAUUACUCUUAUUACAAGCAUUGUUAACGUACUGUCGACUCUGCCCGGCCUAUACAUGGUUGAGAAAUGGGGCCGUCGCCCACUCCUUCUCUUCGGAGCUGUUGGCAUGUGCGCGAGCCAACUGAUUGUGGCCAUUGUUGGCACAGCCACGUCUUCAAUGGUUGCCAACAAGGUGCUUAUUGCAUUCGUUUGCAUAUACAUAUUCUUCUUUGCUAGCUCCUGGGGUCCCGUGUCGUGGGUUGUGACGGGCGAACUGUACCCGUUGAAGGCACGUGCUAAAUGUCUGUCAAUCACUACCGCAACCAACUGGCUGCUCAACUGGGCCAUUGCUUACGCAACGCCGUACAUGGUCAACAGCGGUUCCGGGAAUGCCGACCUGGGCUCCAAGGUUUUCUUCAUUUGGGGUGGCUUUUGCGCCGUAUGCUGCGUCUUUGUAUACUUUUACAUUUAUGAGACCAAGGGUCUCACGCUAGAGCAGGUGGACGAGCUAUACGCCAAGGUGCCAGUGGCCUGGAAAUCGGCCAGUUUUGUGCCGUCGGUGAACUACUUGGAAGUCCAAGACGUGAAGGGAGAGCGCAGCUUGUCGGGGACCCUAACCGAUCUUGAGAUUGGGGCCCAGGAGAAGCGCGACGAGUUUGCCGACCACGUGGAGCGAACGGCUGUCUAA